AUGAUUUAUUUAGUAUUUAUUAUAAUGUUGGGUUUUAUUAUAGGUUUAGUAGCAGUGGCUUCAAAUCCUUCCCCUUAUUAUGCUGCCCUUGGUCUAGUAGUUUCUGCUGGCGUGGGGUGUGGUUUAUUAGUAAGUUCUGGAAGUUCUUUUUUAUCUUUAGUUCUAUUUUUAAUUUAUUUAGGGGGGAUAUUGGUUGUGUUUGCUUAUACUGCGGCGCUUGUUGCAGAGCCUUAUCCAGAGUCAUGAGGGGAUUGAUCGGUGUUGAUUUAUGUUUUAUUUUAUGUGGGGGGUUUAAUAUAUGUUAAUAAACAUUUUGUUGGGGGUUGAGGGUGAGGGUGAUUUGGGGGUGAUGAAGUUAAUGGUUUAGAGGUAAUUCGUGGGGACUUUAGUGGUGUGGCUUUAUUAUAUUCUUAUGGGGGUUAUUUACUAAUGCUGAGUGGUUGAAUAUUGCUUUUGGCGUUAUUUGUUGUACUAGAAUUAACUCGUGGUGUCUCCUGAGGAACGUUGCGUGUGGUUUAG